GUAGACGAAUCUGAAAAGUUGCUUCUGUCUCUUUGUUCACGAGUCCUUCUCUAAAAAUAUUUCCCGUGUUUUCUUACAUUUUAUUUUGUGUUUACUUAUGUUUCGUCCAAAGGACGGCUCCUCCUCAGUCUUGUUUAUUUUAGAAACUGAAAGUAGUAGUGCUGAUCCAUCUUUCGGGGAAUUGAAGGGUCUAGGCCCGAAACGUCUGCUCUUGUGCUCCUGAGAUGCUGCUUGGCCUGCUGUGUUCAUCCAGCUCCACACUUUGUUAUCUGAGGGCCCAAGUACUUCUGUUUCCAAGUUUCUUAUAUUGUUAAAAAAAAUCACGAUCCUAACUAGUUUUGACGACAAGUCACAGAACGCUUUUUUCUCUCCACACGGAAAACUGCUGACAUGCUGAGCCUUUCCAAUACUUGGAACUAACCUUUUGCUGGUCUUCCAAAAAAUACUUAAGACUUCUUGUGAUCUUCUCGUUCCCCUUCAAUAAGGAUCCCGGCAACACCUACCUGAGAUAGUAGGAACUGCAGAUGCUGGAGAAUCAGUAGACCUGGAUGAACACAGCAGGCCAAGCAGCGUCAGAGGAGCCGGAAAGCUGACGUUUCGGGUCGAGACCCUUCUGAGAUCUGUUUUGGGAGGGGGCAGUUGAAGAUGGAAGAAUUAGGAUGUCGAUUUCAUGAAAAAAACUAAACAUAAAAGGCAGAGAGGAGAUGAAAGAAAAACCACCAUAAUAAGGAUUUGAAAUGAGUAAAACCAAGUGCAUUUUCUUGCCAACGUUGUGGAUAAAAGCUAAAAGAUAUGUUGCUGCAAAGGAAGAAGCUGCUAACAAAGGUUUUCUGGUAUCAACUGUUGAAUCUCAAGAAUACAAGAUCAGAAUUGAAUGCACGUUGUUUCGCAAGUACCAACCAUCCAAAACGUCGAAGGCGAGUUGUCAUUACUGGGAUUGGCUUAGUGUCUCCACUUGGAGUCGGUACUCAACUCACAUGGAACCGAAUCUUGAAAGGAGAGAGUGGUGUUAUUUCUUUAGAUGAGUCACAGUAUAGAGACUUGCCUUGCACAAUAGCUGCUUGUGUGCCUCGUGGUGAUGGGGAGGGGCAGUUCAAUGAAGAAAUGUUUGUUUCAAAAUCUGAAGCAAAGUCUAUGUCAACUGCUACAAUAAUGGCAAUAGGAGCGGCAAAUCUUGCACUUAAAGAUUCUGACUGGUAUCCUCAGUCUGAAAGGGACCAGCUCAACACUGGAGUUGCUAUUGGUAUGGGUAUGGUCCCACUUGACGAAAUUAGCAAUACUGCUGUGACAUUAACAACCAAAGGUUAUAAAAAAGUGAGUCCUUUUUUUGUCCCCAGGAUUCUACCCAAUAUGGCAGCUGGACAAAUCAGUAUUAAGUUUAAACUUAAAGGUCCAAAUCAUGCAGUAUCGACUGCAUGUACCACAGGAACACAUGCUAUUGGGGAUGCUUCAAGAUUAAUUCUCUAUGGGGAUGCAGAAGUGAUGCUAGCUGGUGGAACUGAGGCUUGUGUUAACCCCUUAUCUAUCACAGGCUUUGCAAGGGCACAUGCUCUCUGCACCAGUUGUAAUGCUACCCCCAAACUGGCUUCACGUCCAUUCCACCCUGACAGAGAGGGGUUUGUAAUGGGAGAGGGGGCAUCAGUACUGCUACUGGAGGAGUAUACACAUGCUGUAAUGAGGGGAGCACGAAUCUAUGCGGAAAUACUUGGUUAUGGACUCUCUGGGGAUGCCAUUCAUAUCACCUCUCCCAGCGAUGGAGGAGAAGGAGCCAUCAGAUGUAUGUCAGCUGCAAUGAAUGAUGCCGGAAUAACGCCAGAAAAUGUUACAUACAUCAAUGCCCAUGCCACGUCAACGCCACUAGGGGAUGCAGCUGAGAACCAAGCCAUUAAGAGACUGUUUAAAGAGCAUUCACGUUCCCUUGCUGUUUCUUCCACUAAAGGAGCCACUGGUCACCUCCUGGGAGCAGCCGGAGCCAUUGAAACUGCAUUUACAGCAUUGGCCUGCUUUCAUGGGAUCUUGCCUCCUACACUGAAUCUCGAUAAGACAGACCCUGAUUUUGAUUUGAAUUAUGUUCCUAUAACAGCACAAGAAUGGAUAACUUCAAAAAGGCGUAUUGCACUGACUAAUUCAUUUGGAUUUGGAGGCACUAAUGCAACGCUGUGCUUGGGGAGUGUCUAAUUAUUUUUAUAUUAAUAAAUAAUUGAACGCAAUACAUUUCAGAAAGUUCGGAAAAUCUGAAAAAGCCAUGAGAAGUUGGAAUAUCUUUCAUUGGAACUCCAUCAACAUAACAAGGACAUGUUAACAUUUUGGAUAACUUCAUUCAUGUUCUCAUUGAUAACUGCAGACAUCUUCAUCAGUGAGCCAAAAGAGCUAACAAUGAGUUCCAUGCUUUGUGUUUAUUAUUAUGGCACUUUUGUUAAAAGCAGUGUGUGAAAAUUGUAAUUUAAAAAUGUUUUGCUCCUAAAAUUUGAAAAAAUACAGUGCAAAUAUUUCAACUUGAAUGUUAAUGGAAAGUGCAAUAGAAUUAAACUUCCCUUAAUACAGCAUGUUCCAAUCUGAGGCAUCUCAAUAUAAUCUUUGUUGUUCAUGAUCUAUGUUCCAUUUCUGACCCACAGACCUGGAGGGGUUCUGCAGCUUCCAGACCCUCCGCGUACUAUGAGUGAAAGCCGUAGGCAGCACUCUGCAGCCACACCUGAACCAUGGAAUGUGCAAGUCUGCGACGCUCUGUUGAAGGCGAUUCUUUACAUUGGAAGACAAGCAAGUCUUCAACCGCAGUUAUGUUUAUCUGUAUGUGUGCCCCAGGAACAGCCAGUUCAGCAUUCACCUUUGCCUCAAUGUAUCUAGGCUGCCAAGGCCAGUUUGAACAGAAAAUGGCAGUAUUAUCCAGGUACAGAGAGGCUUUGACCUGCAUUCCCCUACUACCUGGGAUAUUCACCCCUCUUAGGUACAUGUCCCCCUGACUGACUCUGUAAAAGUUACUGUGCAGCAUAUGAACAGAACAGUGAAAGUGGACAACACUAACCGACUCCAGUUUGAUCAGAUAGUUUUCUGAUCUGUAGAAAUCAAUCUUCUGGUUGAUUGAAACUAUACCUAUGGUACCUAAGCAAAGCAGUUGGAUCUAAAUUUGUCCCUCCUCAAACUAAAUCUUAGAAAGCACAUCUAUCAUGUAGAUGUGGAACAUUCUGUAAAAGGCUUUACCCUUACCCUGAUUGAGGCAAUGUCCAAAACCUGGGCCCUCACAAAGCUUGAGACUGUACGAAAUCUACCUGUCUGAUACAGUACAAAGCUAGUCAGGGCCAGUCAUCUUUUCCAGAGCAGACUUGACCCAACUGGUAGUGAUUUUGUAUAGAAUUUUUUACUUCAUGUUCAGUAGUGAAAUAGUCAGUUGAUUUUUACUUUCCUCCCAUUUCCACUAACACUUAUGGAUGGGAUGUUGAUGCCUUUCCUCAUGGAUUCUGACAUGCUGUCAGCCAGCAAUAAGCAGAUCUGCAACUGAUCUGGACUUAUUCAAUCUCAGAGAGUCAAACACAAUUGAGCAGGUGAGCUAUUAUUCUUGGGAGUUUUACUUCUCACAAAGAACUAGAUGAUAAUCUCAUUAGAGUUUGUGGUUCACCCGGACUCUCCCACAUACAGUUAUCCAAGAAAUUUGUGGUAGAGGACAAGAAUGAGUGAGAAAUUCUCAUCAUAUAGAUGAGCACGAGUGGAUUUGCAGAUCCUCAAAAUGUCAAUCUGUGAUGACGUCCUUGAUUAGAGAGCUCUCUGUGUAUACCUUCUGGAAGGAAGUGCAAGCAUAUUUCAUCCUGCUUCAUGGAGCAGACUCUAGAUUGGAAGCCUCUUGAUUAUUUCAUAAUUUUGGAAUGCUAUUUGUGUCACCUAGCUUUUUCUGCCUCCCCAUUAUUACUUCUCCGACCUCAUUCUUUAAAGGGUCUAUGUUCACUGCCUCUCUUUUUAUAUAUUUAAAGAGGCUCUUACUGUCCAUUUUUAUGUUACUUGCUAGUUUGUUCACAUAGUUUAUUUUUCCCUGUUUUUAUUUUUGGCCAUUUUUCCAAAUCCUCAGAUUUAUUACCAACCUUAAUCAUGUUGUAUGGUUUUUCUUUCACUUUGAAACUGUCAUUAACGUCCCUGGUUAACCAAGGUCAGGGUAUCCCCUUCCAGAUCCUUCUUCCUCACUUGGGUGUACCUUUGCUGUGAAUCAUGAUCUUCUUUACAGUUAUAUACCAUUGCUCAUCACAGGGCUUUUCUCCAAAUCCACCCCACCACCCUGCUUCCUCGCCUGUGCUUUUUAAUGGUCAAGUAUCCCUAAUAUUUAGUUCUGAGCUUUCAUUUUGUAAGCAUGUCUCCCUAGUGAAUAUAAGACGAUACUCAUUAACCUUUAUUUUUGCAAUUAAUUAAGUUAUUCUGUUUCAAAUACUAUGUGCAUUGAAGUAAAAACCCAUUAAUUUUGCCUUUUUACCUGUUAUUCCCCCUUUUCACCUUUUAUUCCCCCUUUUCUGCUGUUUCUUCAAGUUUGUAUAUUCUGUUCCAUUCUGGGUACCAUUGCCAAAAUAGUUGCCUGGCAAUGCUGCCGUAUCCUUUCAUCUAACAAGCCAUGUUUUAUCCCUGCCUCCCCGCCCUGCCAAUUAGUUUAAGGCCUUCUGUAUAGCUGUUCAAUUCGUGUAGACACCUGACCUUGCAAGCUUCAAGGUAAGCAGUCAGUUACAACAGUUCCCUUCUACCUUAGCAAGGUGCCAAUGUACCAUGAACUGAAACCUAUUCUUCCCAUUCCAGUCUUUAGGCAUGCAGUUAAUUCGUUUAUUCAUCAUUUGACAAUUAUUACCUUGGAGUUUCUCCAUUUUAGUUCAGCUCCUAACUAUUCAAAAUCUUUCAGCAGAAUUUCUUUCCUAGUCUUUCCAAUGUUCUUAGUACUAAAGCAGAUGACGACUAGAUCCCUACCCGUCCUGCUUCAAGUUCCUCUGCAGCCCUGAGGGGAUGUCCUUAACCCAAGCACCAGGCAAACAGUGCCCCCAGUACAGCUCACCCCACUGCUUGAAUGGCUUCCUGGACCAUAAUGUCAUAGUCAAGUCACUUGUCUUCCCUGCGGCUUCCACUAUCAUCCAUACAGGUUGUAAGACUUUUUGACAUUGUAUACCUGCCUCACCUACAAUCACAUGCUUCUGUCUUUGAUCUUGGACCAAAUUUGAAUCAACUAAUUUAAAGGGUAUUUAAAAGGUCCAGGUUUCGUUCCCUCACCUUGAUGUAGCACAAUGUCUGCAGCUCAGACUCCAGAUCAGCUCAGAACCGAAGUUGUUCAAGCUGCAAACACUUGCUACCAUUAUGUUUGUUAUGGAUCACCUUAGUUUUCAGCAGCUCCCAGAGAUUACAGCUGCAUGGCAUCAUCCAACCUGCCAUAUCUAUUGUGUUUAAUUAAGUUAUUAAUUAAAAUCGUUCUAGUACUCCUGUUGUUUAUACUUGACUGUAUUUUUCCCCUUUUCACUGUAUUGGUAUUAAUUUUACACCUAACAAGCUAUUUUUUAAUUAAAGAAAAUAA